UCCUCCCACAGACAGGUGAGCCUCAGUGUACGUGACAGGUGAGCUUCAGUCAGUCAGGUGUCCUCCCAGGUGUCCUCAUCAUGGACUGGAUCCUGCCUCUGUUGCUCUCGCUCAGCUGUGCUGCCGGCGUGCCUCUGAGCAGGGCAGCGUCCGGGCAGAGGAACCGGCUGCUGCUGAUCUCCUUCGACGGCUUCAGAUGGGACUACGACCGGGACGUGGAGACGCCUCACCUGGACCAGCUGGGGCGGGAGGGGGUCCGGGCGAAGUACAUCACCCCCCCCAUGCUCACCAUGACCUCCCCCUCGCACUUCACCACCAUCUCCGGCAGAUGGGUGGAGGACCACGAGGUCGUCCACAACAUGAUGUACGACGCCAAGACGAACCUGAAGCUCCCUCACCUGAAGACGCUGACCCGGUCCGAGUGGUGGGACAACGGAGUUCUGCCGUUAUGGAUCACAGCCCAGAACCAGGGUCUGAAGACCGGCUCCUUCUACUUCCCGGGCGGCGCGGUUAGCUACAGCGGGCAGGCGGUGAACCGAGUGGUGGUCGAGGACCCGCGGCCCGCCAACGAGACCGAGUGGAAGCAGAACAUCGACACGGUGCUUAGCUGGUUCUCCGAGGAGGACUUCCACCUGGUGACGCUGUACUACGGAGAGCCGGACCGAGUGGGACACGACAAAGGACCCGACCACCCCGAUAGGAAGACCAUGAUCCGGCUGAUCGACCGCACCAUCGGAUACCUGCGGGAAUCCAUCGCCCGCCUCCACCUGAGCGACAGCCUGAACGUCAUCCUCACCUCCGACCAUGGCAUGACCACGGUGAAGAAGCGUCCGGAGGUGGAGGAGCUCGUCCUCAACAAGUACCUGAACCUGGUCCAGCUCAACAGCUUCGAGAUCCUGGACUACGGAGGGUUCGGUAUUCUGACGCCGCGGCCCGGGAAGGAGCAGGACGUGUUUGACGCUCUGUCCAAGGCGCCCAAUCUGACGGUUUACAAGAAGAACGAGUUCCCAGAGAGCUUCCACCUCGCCAAGAGCAAGCGGCUGCCUCCCAUCGUGGUGGUUGCUGAUCUGGGAUUCAACCUGAACUCUAGAUUCAUCGUGUACGUGAACAAAGGCGACCACGGCUUCCAUAACAGCGAGAUGGACAUGAAGACGAUCUUCUGGGCUUUCGGACCCGACUUCAAGAAGAACUUCCUGUCGGAGCCAUUCGACAGCAUCCACAUCUACCCUCUGAUGUGCAAAGUGCUGCAGAUCGAUCCGGCGCCGCACAACGGCUCUCUGAGCGUCACGGAGAAGCUGCUGCUGCACGGAGGAUCCCAGAGAUAUCGUGUGUCCGUCGCUCUGCUGCUGACGCUGCUCUGCUCGCUCUCUCUGAUCUAA